CGCAUGGUACUUAGCGGAAUUUUAGGUGUACGGUGCCGUGCAUUAACAAACGUUUUUUAUUCCGUUCCAAGGACUUUGUUAAAAAUGGGACCCUUGGAAAACGCUAAAAAAAUCGCGGCCUAUAAAGCUGUCGAUGAAUAUGUACAAGAUAACAGCGUUAUCGGAAUUGGUAGCGGGUCUACUAUAAUUUAUGCUGUUCGCAGACUCGUCGAACGAGUGAAAGAAGAAAACCUUAAUGUUAUUUGUAUUCCAACCUCGUUUCAAGCUCGUCAGUUAAUAUUGAAUAAUCACCUCACGUUGGGUGAUCUAGAAACUUAUCCAAAAUUGGAUUGUGCAAUUGAUGGAGCAGAUGAAGUUGACUCUGAUCUGAAUCUCAUUAAAGGUGGAGGAGGAUGCUUACUUCAAGAGAAAAUAGUUGCAUCUUGUGCUGACCAAUUUGUUAUAAUAGCUGAUUAUACGUGAGUGUUGCAGGAGUAAGAACUUCAAUGUUUACAGUUAUUUUUAUUAUCUGAGUUUAAUUGUUCUUAGAAAGAAUUCUCAAAAUGCAUUCCUGUUGAAGUAGUUCCUAUGGCAUAUACUGCCAUUCAAAGACGCAUUGAAGACAAUUAUGGGGGAAAUGUACAGAUUAGAAUGGCUUUAGCCAAAGCUGGUCCAGUUGUAACAGACAAUGGUAAUUUCAUCCUGGACUGGCAUUUCCCUGAGGAUCUGAGCAAUUGGAACAAAAUCAAUACAGACAUUUCAAUGAUGCCUGGAGUCGUUGAGACAGGCCUCUUCAUAAAAAUGGCAAAGAAAGCAUUCUUUGGCAUGCCUGACGGUAGCAUUAAAGAACAGUCCUAGAGUCUUUUAGUAAUAUUAAUUUUAAUUUUGGGGAUUCUUAUGAUAUAUGUUUAUUGACAUAAAUCUAGUUUGCUAGUACAUGACCAAAGGGUUACUUGGCCCACCU